AUUGUGCGCGCCAGGCUGCGACGGCGGCGGCGGCGGUGGCGUCGCCGAAAGCUGUAGCUCAGCUGGCGAGGUCUUCCCACCCUCGGGAAGUUCCCUAAGCUGUCGCCUCCGCCGCCGCCUACGCGGCGGCAGCGGCGGCGGCCUUGCUGGUGCCUCCCUCCUCUGCCACCUCCACCCCUGCCUGCUCACUUGCCGGUGCUGUGGAGAAGGCGGCGGCGGCUUUGGCGGCUCCACUAUGGCGGCGGCGGGGAGGGGGGACAGUAGUUUUAAAGUAGACACCUGCCCUUGCCUCAGAGAAGAUCCCACGUGUGAUGGACAAGAACAACCUGCGUAUUUUACAGAUAAUUUUUGUAAACCAUGUGGAGUGGUUCUACAGCAUGAAUCAGAAAGGAUUUCACAUUUUGAGAGUGAAAUACAUGCUCAAAAUGUUAAGUUCUUUUUUCAAAUGCAUGGAGAACAAAGCGAAGUGCCUGGUAGGAAAGUGAACAUGCAUGCUGGAAAUUCUCAGGUGUGCUCGAGUGGAGAAGUCAACAGAAACAACUUUACUGAUCUGCACAACAUGAGUUUUGACUCCCUAGCUGCUGCUCCAUCUCACUAUGUGGGAAAGAGCCAUUCUCCGACUCAGAACCAGUCACUGGAAGAACAUGAUCAAGUAUCUCCAUCCACAUGCUCACCAAAGAUGGAUGAACCCAAUACUACUCCUGCACCUCCACCCUUCCUGAAGUCUGUUAUUGUGAAGCCUCCUCCAGCAUAUAGAAUGAGAACCUACGUAUGCCAUAUCUGCAGUAUCACCUUUACAUCUUUACAUAUGUUCCGGUCCCACAUGCAAGGAACUGAACAUCAAAUUAAAGAAUCUCAUGUUAUCAAUCAAGUGAAGAAUUCAAAGAAAAUGCAAGAGUCUUGUCAAGCUGAGUGUGGAGAUGACAUCAAAAUGAAGAAAUCUAGAGAACUAGAGCCCAAGGGUCAUUUCAGGGAAAUGGAGGAUAAUUACAUGGAAGCCCAAGCCCAUGAAUACAGAGAAAUGGUUGAUUCUAGACCCAGACAUAAAAUGCUUGAACAAACACUUCCACUUGAAAAUUUCUGGGCACACCCAGGACCAUACAAUGAUUCUAGAGCACUAGAAGAGCAGUUACCUCACAAUUUACCAGCAGAGUCAAAGACAUAUGACUCUUUCCAAGAUGAACUUGAAGAUUACAUCAAAGGGCAGAAGGCCAGAGGACUUGAUCCCAAUACUAGUUUUAGACGGAUGUCAGAAAGCUAUAGGUAUAGGGAUCAGAGAUACAGAGAAAGGGUUGAUUCUGAACACAGACAGAGGCCUUGUGAGGAAAGAUUUUCAUUUGAGGCUCCACAGACCUACCAGCAAGAAUACAGUGCCUCCCCAGUGGAGGGCCAAUCUCCUCACUGGUUACCAUCUCAUUCAAAGAGGAGAAAUGAUGAUUUCCAAAAUGAAUUUGAUGAUUACAACAAGGUGCAGGAAUCUAGAGAAUCCGAGCCAAAGACUUCUUUUAGAAGAAUGGAUAGCUCUUUUGAAACCCAUAAUUACGAAGAAAUGGUUGACAGAAGAUCCAGUCAUACAAUGUUUGAGGAAGGACUCCCAUGUGAGACUUUCCAGACUUACACAGAUCCAUACAGCAGUGCACAAGCAGUAGAAAACACGUUACCUCAUUGCUUACCAGCUUAUGAAAACCAACCGAGCCUAGAUGCUGAAAGCCACUAUCAGCUUACCACAGAGGAGUUCUCAGAAAUGCCUGCUUCUCUGAGCCUCAGUCAACAAGAAGAUAACCCUAGCUCAUACAAUGUAGACUAUGACAUUUACAAGCAUCUGCCCUCAAAUGACAAUGCCAGUGCCCAUGAAACAAGUCAUAGAAGGCGACGUCAGAAGAGAAAACGACACCUGGAGGAAGGAAAAGAAAGACCAGAGAAGGAACAGUCCAAACAUAAAAGAAAAAGAAGCUAUCAGGAUAAAGAUUUAGACAAAGACAAGCUCAUCAAGCAAAGUAAGAGAGAGGAAGAUAAAGCUGGAGUCAGCUCUGAAAAAACCAAGCAUCGAAGAAAGAAAAGAAAACAUGAAACAUCCUCAGAGAAAGAAGAACGUAAGCACAAAAAAGAGAAAAAGAAAUCUGUUGAAGAGAGAACAGAAGAGGAAAUCCUUUGGGAUGAGUCAAUUCUUGGGUUCUGACCCUAUGGUAUACCAAGAAGGGCUAAAAGAAAAUGAUACUGAUUUAGAUACACACAGGAAUAAGAGGAGAAACCAAGAAAAGUACAGAAUCAGCACAGAAAACCUUUGGGGUUUUUUGCUUGUUUGUUUGUUUGUUUGUUUGUUUGCAAAAAUUGAAAUUGAACAUGAGAAACAAUAUAUAAAACAUCUAAAUCCAGCAUUCAAGGAACUGUUUUGAGGUUAACCUACUCAAAAAAUUUGACCUUUUAGUUUUACUUACAGAAGAGUGAAUAAGAAAACCAGUGGGGGAAAAUCUGAUGGAAUCAGUGGAGAAGUUUUAGAUAAAAUUGAGCACUUCAGAAGAAGAGAAGGUAAAGUCAGUGUCCAUUAAAGAAAACAGUCUCUCUCUCUGCGCAAGUGUGUAUGUAUAUACGUGUGCUUGUAUAUGUGUAUGUAUAUAUAUGUGUGACCGUGUGUAUGUGUCUUCUGCUCUGCUCUGCUCUCCUCUCACCUACUUCCCUGCACCCCUCUUUUUCUGUCACCUCCCUCCUUUCAAAAUGUAAUUGAAAGUAGAACCACAAAGUCUAAAUCUACCCUUCAAAAAGCAAGGACACAAUACCAAGAAGCAUGAGUGGAGAAGAAACCUGCUAAAGAGAUAGCAGAAGAUUCAGUGUUUUCAACUUUGCAGUUUUGUUACCUUACGGUUGAAGAAAGGUUAAAAACUUUGGUUUCCUGAAAUUUGUGUUCUUUGUGUAUUUGUACAUGUGUACAGUUAAUCUCUAACAAAAGCCAGAAGAAGUAACAUUAUUCGUUAUGCUUUUUAAAGUCACUUUCUUUGACUUUCCAAGAGAGAAAACUUACUCUAUUGCUUAUGUAUAAUAUGGUUUUCUUAAAGUAGAGGUGUUUCUACUUUGUCCAUCAAGUUGUAAUGAAAAUAAGUUGUUUGCUCAUGGAAAUAAUGUACUUAAAAUGGUGAAUUACAAAGCAGUCUACAGCCAUACCACCCUGAAUUUUCCCAGUCUUGUUUGAAUUUGGAAGAAUGGUCAGGCCUGUGGAAGACCGGACUUCACAGAAUCCUUUUAAGAAUUUGUGUUAGUACUGGUGGUAUUUUACUACUGUCAUGUGGUAACGUUUCUGUUUUCUCCAAUGAAAAUGUAUGAAACAAUGUAGACUUUUUCUGUUAAAUCUAAUUUGCAGUGUAUUUUUGUAUUUUCUAGUUCUGAAAGUGGAAAAUUAGUGUAUAAUAAAUUAGAUGAUAUAUACUUUUAAAAUGUUCUCCAAAAGGGCUGAUAGAAAUCGGUCUAUAUUCUGAAAAAUGUUUAUAUUAAAGUGUUUUAAUUUCUAAA